AGGCGGGAGAUCAAAAAUUGGCUUGCCUCUCUCUAUAAAUAGCGUGCCUCUUCAAACAAAAACCCCAAAAGCAUUAGGGUUUAGGAGUGAGAUCAAAAUUGGGUUGCCCCUUUGUCUACAAAUUGCGUCAUCCCCACCCCAAUUGACUUGCGUAGGUUGCAAUGGAUGAUCCAAUGGAUGAUCCGACAAGUUUUGCGAUUGCAAUGGGCGCUGAUCCGCGUGUUUUAUAUAAAGGUAUUGGUGAUAUUUGUUUUCUGCGAAUUGAUAGUGAAGCUGGAUCUCUUUUAACACUUGGGGAGGGGGGUCGUCCUGAUUAUAUUCUCGCUCCCUACGGCGGAUCCACGCGAGGCAAAGAGCUUCCAAAGCGUUGCAGAGGUAUACAGAGAUUUAUGUUUCCACGCGCCGGUGAUUAUUUUGAUCUCGUGGUUCUGGGAGUCUUACCGAUGGGCAUAGAUGGAUUCGAGUGGGUUGCCGGCGAUAGAAUCAGAGGUGGUGAUGGUGAAGAAAAGGAAGAAGGAAAAGUAACAUGCUUCUUUUCCCCUUUUGUUAUAAACCAUCCGAAAACGCCUUGGGAUAGUCUUGACGAAGCAAUGAAGACUCAAGUGAGAAACGAGGCAUGUUUCAAAGCGAAUGAAGCGCUGCGUAGAGCUGGGUAUCAUCAAUAUCAUGUGUGUUGUGAACAAAUAGAUCUAGAUUCUAUGCUUGUCCACGCUUCAGAGUGGGGACACAUAACAGAGCCUCGCGUAUUGGCUUGGGAAUUAGUGGACGCAUAUUUUUCAGCCCACCCUAUUUAUGUUGAUUUUGAUAUUCCGAUGAUUCUGAUGAGGAGGAGGAGGAUUUGACUUUGGCUCCUUUGGCUCCUUUGGCUCUUGAUGAUGAUUAAGGAUAAUUAGGGAUGCCAAUAACAAAAAAGAUGGGGACGUUUUGUCUAGUUGGUUCAUUUUUGCUACUAGUAUUAAUUCAUUUUCCAACAUUUUCUAGUUGGAGUUUGAAUUUCUCAUGUCUAUACAAAUUGUGCUGACGCCGGACUUCAGGCUUUACAACCUUGCAAUAUCAAAACAACAAAAUGACAGAAUGUUUUGCUAA